AAACCACAUCACAGCAGCUCUAAGUGUAAAUGAAGUCCUGAAGGUUGUGGUGUCUCUUGAACAGAUUGAAGAAAAUGUCCUCAGAAAUCAUGGACGUCGCUGCCCUGGGUCGACCUUUCACCCUAGGAAUGCUCUAUGAUGCCCGCAAAGAUGAACUGAUCCCAGGUUUGACAUUGUGGGAUCAGAAAACUCUAAAAGAGAAGACAGUUAAAACAUCUAAAAGAUCCAGUAACUUUAAAGUCUCUGCAUCUGACUCCAUUGAAUCCAAGUCCUCUCUGAUGGAUAUUGAAGCUUCUCUGAAGGUCAGUUUCCUGUGUGGACUGAUUGAAGUUGGAGGAUCUGCCAAGUAUCUGAAUGAUAAGAAGAAAUUCAAGAAUCAGAGCAGAGUGACGUGUCGGUACAACGCUACCACAAACUUCAAUCAGUUGUCAGUGACUCAAGGUGAAACCAUGAACCCCCAACAGAUAGAGGUCAUCCGGAAGGGCACGGCAACACAUGUAGUCACAGGAAUCCUUUAUGGGGCAAAUGCUUUCUUUGUGUUUGACAGUGAGAAGUUGGAAGCCAGCAGCGUUCAGGACAUCCAGGGCCACAUGGAGGCUGCGAUCAAGAAGAUCCCCACAUUUAGUCUUGAGGGAAAAGUUGACAUCAAGCUGACUGAUGAAGAAAAAGAACUGACCAACAAAUUCUCCUGCAAAUUCUAUGGAGACUUCAUUCUUAAAAGCAACCCUGCAACAUUUGAAGAAGCAGUGAAGACCUUUGUAGAGCUUCCAAAGCUGCUGGGAGAAGAUGGAGAGAAGAGUGUUCCAGUGAAGGUCUGGAUGAUGCCUCUGAAGGUCUUUGACACGACUGCAGCUGAGCUGAUGAAAGAGAUCAGCGUUGGAUUAGUGUGGAAGUUGCAGAAUGCUCUCGAAGAUUUAAGAGAAAUACAAAUGAGAUGCAACGAUUCUCUGGAAGACACAGUGGUACAGAAUCUUCCACAGAUCCAAGAACAGUUAAAGAAGUUCCAAAACUGUUGUGAUCUUUACGUAACUAACCUCCAGAUGAACGUGGCGAAGAAACUUCUCUCAAUCCGUGAAGGAAAAGAAGACGAGAGCUCAGUAAAGAAACUCUGUGAAGACAGAAACAAGUCACCAUUCAGUCAUGAAAAACUAGACGACUGGCUGGAUCAUAAAGAGAGAGAAAUCAACGUCAUCAGGUCCUGUGUGGAAAUGAUGAAGGGAACAAAGAUCGUCCAUAAUGAGUCAGAGCUGGACAGAGAGGUUCUUGCUGCAGGUGUCGAUGAUGCUCUGUGCUUCGUCUUCACCUCCCUGCAGAGUGUCGACCCCGGACUGGAUGAGAUGCACAAUUACCUGGAUUCAGUUACAGGAAGUACCAGUGAAGUCCCAUGGUACUACUCAGGUGAAGUUUUAACCAGAAUGAGAGAAAAAGCCAAAUCUUUCCAAGAUAUUGCCAAAUCUUUGAAGAGCAACAGCAGAUUCCGCUUCCUGGUAGCGGCCAUCAGAAAUGAGAAAUACACCGGAGCAACAAUCUACCACUACAAGAACGGCAUUCUGCACACUGAGGAUUUCUCAAAGCCGGACAUCCCUGAUGUGAAGACUGUCACAGACAGAAGAGCUUUACUCUGGUACGCCUGUGAUCUCACUCUGGACCCAGACACAGUAAACCACCAUCUCACUCUGUCUGAGGGAAACAAGAAGGUGACAGAAGGACCACAACAGUCGUAUCCUCACCACCAACAGAGAUUUGAUGAAUGGCGUCAGGUUCUGUGCAGAGAGGGGCUGACUGGGCGCUGCUACUGGGAGGUGGAGUGGGAAAGUUCUAGGCUCGAUAUUACUGUAGCUGUUUGCUACAGAGGGAUGUCAAGGAACGGAUUACAUGACCUGUCCAAGCUAGGAGGGAAUCAUCAGUCCUGGGGUUUAAGCUAUCGUGAAAUUUAUUUUGGUACAAAAACUCUCUCUGCAAAACAUGAUAAUCAGGACCACAGUCUGCCUCUUCCUUCUCUAUUCACCCGUCUGGGAGUGUAUCUGGACUGGUCUGCUGGCACUCUGUCUUACUAUAAUGCCUCAUCUGACACUCUGAGUCACAUCCACACCUUCCACACCAAGUUCACUGAGCCUGUGUACCCAGGCUUCCUGGUUUGGAUUGACACCAGUGUGUCUCUGUGUCUGUAAACUUGUCAGCACAUGAUUCAGUUCAGAUUCAGUUCAGUUCACUGAAAUCACUGAUUCAAAUGUUUUGAUUGUGAAGCGUCAUCAUGUCAGUCACAUAACAAUGUUAAAUAAUACAACGCUUCUUUAUGUUUGAUGGUCUUUAGUUCAUAUUUGAUCAUGUUUGAGUAUCUUUAGUGCACGUGUGAUCAUGUUUGAGGGUCUUUAGUGCACAUGUAAUAUAUUUAGUGCACAUGUGAUCAUGUUUGAGUAUCUUUAGUGCACAUGUGAUCAUGCUUGAGUAUCUUUAGUGCCCAUGUGAUCAUGUUUGAGUAUCUUUAGUGCACAUGUGAUCAUGUUUGAGUAUCUUUAGUGCACAUGUGAUCAUGUUUGAGUAUCUUUAGUGCACAUGUGAUCAUGUUUGAGUGUCUUUAGUGCACAUGUGAUCAUGCUUGAGUAUCUUUAGUGCCCAUGUAAUGAUGUUUGAGUAUCUUUAGUGCACAUGUGAUCAUGUUUGAGUAUCUUUAGUGCACAUGUAAUGAUGUUUGAGUAUCUUUAGUGCACAUGUGAUCAUGUUUGAGUAUCUUUAGUGCACAUGUAAUCAUGUUUGAGCAUCUUUAGUGCACAUGUGAUCAUGUUUGAGGGUCUUUAGUGCACAUGUGAUCAUGUUUGAGGGUCUUUAGUUCACAUGUAAUCAUGUUUGAGGGUCUUUAGUGCACAUGUAAUCAUGUUUGAGGGUCUUUAGUUCACAUGUAAUCAUGUUUGAGGGUCUUUAGUGACUUUUGGAGGUUCUUCCUUUUUGUUUUUUGACUUUUGAUUUGUGCUGACCUGAGAAAAGGAAUCUUUUCUCAUUUGAAAUCAUUUCUGGCCUUUUACUUUCAUCUGUUUGUGAUUUAAACCAAAAAAAUAUAUAAAAGCUCAAAUAAAACUGGAGUGUAUUAUGUACAUUCCAACCAAAGCUCUUGACUUGGCUUCUUUUUGAGGUGGUCUGAUCUGGUCGUCCAC